GGCAGUGCCCGCCUUCUCUCCAGCGGAAGCAGGAGUGACGGCAGUGACGGUGGCAAGAUGGCGGCGCCCAGCCUGCUGCGCGGGGGCUUGAGGCGGUUGUUCGCCGGGCUCUUCGGGAACGGCUGGGCCUCGCCACCGGCCCGAGGCCUCCGGGAAGUCGUUGAGGUGACUGAAGGCAACACGACCACAAUUGAAGGGAAAAUUAUAGAGAAUCCUGAAACACCAACUCCUCCAAACCCCUCUGGCCAGUGUCCUAUCUGCCGCUGGAACCUGAAGCAUAAGUAUGACUAUGUGGAUGUCUUGCUGCUGAGUCAGUUCAUCCGUUCUGAUGGCGGGAUGCUGCCACGAAGGAUCACAGGCCUGUGUCUGGAGGAGCACAGAAAGAUUGCUGCCUGUGUGCAGAUGGCUCACCGUGCAGGUUUGUUGCCAAACCACAGGCCUCCACUUCCUGAAGGGCAUAUUCCCAAGAAACCCGUGCUCAACAGGUACCUGACUCGCUGGUCCGUCAGAUCUGCAAAGCCUAUCUGGAAGAGAGGCCCUAAGUGGUGCAAAAAACCCUUUCAAGUUGGACAUCCAUUGCUGAAGGAUAAUGUCAAAUAUACACAGAAGCCUCUCAUUUUAAAUCACUAGUGGCCAGAACUGGCACGCAGAACACCUGUGGCAGUGGCAGACAGGCAUGUGUGCAUCUUACAUGUCUCUUUAAAGGAUCCCUGGCUGGUGCUUCACUCCUGGAUCUAGCAAAUACAGAACAUUGACAUCCUUGA